AUGCACUUAGGAUCGAUGAGAGAUUUCAAAAUUGGCUCCUCUUUGUUAUGGAGUUGCACAGCGCCUGCGAGGAGCAGGCUUCUUCUACCGGAGAACAGCUUUUGCUCCGCUACGAUCAAUGCAGUGGCCGAGAAAACUCGCCUCGACUACACCAAACUGGCGGUGGAUAGCGCCAAAGAUGCUACAGACACCUUGAAGAAAGAACUUGAUGUUACUUCCAGCGCAUUCCAAAAGGCAGCAAGUGAUUUUCCUGACGGAUGGGACCUAAUUGGCCAGCAAAUUGUCGCUGGACUUGCAGACACAUUCAAUCAAGUUGUUUCUAAAGCUGUCCCACUCCUGAUGGCAUCAAUGUCUCCCAUGGGAAAGCUUGACUUUCUUACAGGUGAGCUUGGCGAAACCGCCACAGGGCUGCGAUCGGCCAUUGAGGGAAAUGGUUCUACUAGCAACUCCGAUCCCAAGAACAACAAUAUGGCUCCUCGACCACGACAACAUCCAACUACUCCUGGAACCCCUUUCAUGACGGACCCAGCUUAUUCGCAGGUCAAUAAGGACAUCACGUUUUUUGAAAUGCUUCAAGUCCUGUUGACCUCCGGGAAGGAGGGAGGCGUCAAUUGGGAGAAGGCAAAGGGCGACGUGAACAAUGCGAGAAGUUCAGCUGGUUUUCUGAAAUCUAUGUUGAAUCAUUCCAAGGAGUCAUUCUCAAAGCUUGCCACCACGAGCGAGACUAGUUCGACAUAUCACGGGAUUCUGAAUGAUAUGGCCAAGGUAACCGAGAACUUUUCCCGAAACAAAGAAUCAAUGAUGCUCACUUCGUUAGAUUACUAUCGAGCUAAAUGA